CCGGCCCCCCUGGCGCCGCAGCCUUCGCCUCCGCGGGGGAGAAGCUCGUGCCCUGCGCAGCUGAGGGAGCCGGCUCUUCCCGGGAGGGUGUCGUCGCCGCCGGCUCGCAGAGGGCGCGGGCCCGGGAGGCGGGGACCGAGCACCGCGACCCGCCAUGGCUCAGGCGGCCAAACAGCUGAAGAAAAUCAAAGACAUCGAGGCGCAGGCCCUCCAGGAGCAGAAGGAGAAGGAGGAAUCCAACAGGAAGCGGCGGAACCGCUCCCGUGACCGCAAGAAGAAGGCCGAUGCUGCUACCAGCUUUCUGAGGGCGGCACGCUCGGGAAACCUGGACAAGGCUUUGGAUCACCUACGCAAUGGAGUGGACAUUAACACCUGUAACCAGAACGGGUUGAAUGGCUUGCAUCUGGCCUCCAAAGAAGGCCAUGUGAAGAUGGUGGUUGAACUUCUGCACAAAGAGAUCAUUCUAGAAACAACAACCAAGAAGGGGAACACUGCUCUGCAUAUCGCUGCCCUUGCUGGUCAGGACGAGGUGGUCCGGGAGCUGGUCAACUAUGGAGCCAACGUCAACGCCCAGUCCCAGAAAGGCUUCACUCCCCUGUACAUGGCUGCUCAAGAGAAUCACUUGGAGGUGGUGAAGUUUCUACUGGAGAAUGGAGCCAAUCAGAAUGUAGCCACAGAGGAUGGCUUCACUCCACUGGCCGUGGCUCUGCAGCAGGGCCAUGAGAAUGUGGUGGCUCACCUCAUCAACUAUGGAACGAAAGGAAAAGUGCGCCUCCCUGCCCUGCACAUCGCGGCCCGCAACGAUGACACACGGACAGCCGCAGUCCUUCUGCAGAACGACCCCAACCCAGAUGUGCUUUCCAAGACGGGAUUCACACCCCUCCACAUCGCAGCACACUACGAGAACCUCAACGUGGCCCAGCUGCUCCUCAACCGGGGAGCCAGCGUCAACUUCACACCUCAGAAUGGUAUUACUCCACUGCACAUCGCCUCCCGCAGGGGAAAUGUGAUCAUGGUGAGACUCCUGCUGGACCGAGGGGCUCAGAUAGAAACGAGGACCAAGGACGAACUGACACCACUCCACUGUGCAGCUCGGAAUGGACACGUGAGAAUCUCAGAGAUCCUCCUGGACCACGGGGCACCCAUCCAAGCCAAAACCAAGAAUGGCUUGUCCCCCAUCCACAUGGCGGCUCAGGGAGACCACCUCGACUGUGUCCGACUUCUAUUGCAAUACAACGCCGAGAUAGAUGACAUCACCUUAGAUCACCUGACUCCUCUCCACGUGGCAGCCCACUGUGGCCACCACAGGGUGGCUAAGGUUCUUUUGGAUAAAGGGGCCAAGCCGAACUCCAGAGCCCUGAAUGGCUUUACCCCACUACACAUCGCCUGCAAGAAGAACCACAUACGUGUCAUGGAGCUGCUGCUGAAGACAGGAGCCUCUAUUGACGCAGUCACUGAGUCUGGCCUGACACCUCUCCAUGUAGCCUCCUUCAUGGGACACCUUCCUAUUGUGAAGAACUUACUACAGCGGGGAGCGUCACCCAAUGUCUCCAAUGUGAAAGUAGAAACCCCAUUGCACAUGGCAGCCCGAGCAGGGCAUACAGAAGUGGCCAAAUAUUUGCUCCAGAACAAAGCCAAAGCCAAUGCCAAGGCCAAGGAUGACCAGACACCACUUCACUGUGCUGCUCGCAUCGGCCACACGAGCAUGGUGAAGCUCCUGCUGGAGAAUGACGCCAGCCCCAACCUGGCUACCACUGCUGGCCACACACCUCUGCACACCGCAGCCCGUGAGGGUCACGUGGACACAGCCCUGGCCCUGCUGGAAAAGGAGGCAUCCCAAGCCUGCAUGACCAAGAAAGGAUUUACCCCUCUCCACGUGGCUGCCAAGUAUGGGAAGGUCCGGCUGGCAGAGCUGUUGCUGGAACAUGAUGCCCAUCCCAACGCGGCCGGAAAGAACGGCUUGACUCCCCUGCAUGUGGCGGUCCAUCACAACAACUUGGACAUUGUCCAGCUUCUCCUUCCCCGAGGUGGCUCCCCGCACAGCCCUGCCUGGAAUGGCUACACCCCUUUGCACAUCGCAGCCAAGCAGAACCAGAUAGAGGUGGCCCGCAGUCUGCUGCAGUACGGAGGGUCCGCGAAUGCAGAGUCUGUACAAGGAGUGACCCCGCUUCACCUGGCCGCCCAAGAGGGCCACACGGAAAUGGUCGCUCUUCUCCUGUCAAAGCAAGCCAAUGGCAACCUGGGGAACAAGAGUGGACUCACUCCUCUCCACCUGGUAGCACAAGAAGGCCAUGUUCCAGUGGCGGAUGUGCUGAUUAAACAUGGCGUCACAGUGGAUGCUACGACCCGGAUGGGUUACACCCCACUCCACGUGGCCAGUCACUACGGAAACAUCAAGCUGGUGAAGUUCCUGCUACAGCACCAGGCAGAUGUCAACGCCAAGACCAAGCUAGGGUAUAGCCCCUUGCACCAGGCAGCUCAGCAAGGACACACGGACAUUGUGACACUGCUCCUGAAGAAUGGUGCUUCUCCAAAUGAGGUCAGCUCGAACGGAACCACACCUCUGGCAAUAGCCAAACGUUUGGGCUACAUCUCUGUAACAGACGUGCUCAAGGUGGUCACAGAUGAAACCAGUGUGGUGUUAGUCAGUGACAAACACCGGAUGAGCUACCCUGAGACAGUGGAUGAGAUCCUGGAUGUGUCUGAAGAUGAAGGAACUGCUCACAUAUCUUUAACGGGUGACGAACUUGUCGGCUCGAAGGCUGAAAGGCGGGACUCCCGGGAUGUGGGUGAGGAGAAAGAGCUGUUGGAUUUUGUGCCGAAGCUAGACCAAGUGGUGGAAUCCCCAGCCAUCCCAAGGAUCCCUUGUGUCACGCCUGAGACUGUUGUGAUCCGAUCCGAAGAUCAGGAACAAGCAUCUAAAGAGUAUGAUGAGGACUCACUCAUUCCCAGUAGCCCAGCCACAGAGACCUCAGACAACAUCAGCCCCGUGGCUAGCCCGGUCCACACAGGGUUUCUGGUGAGCUUCAUGGUCGAUGCCCGGGGAGGAUCCAUGAGAGGAAGUCGUCAUAAUGGCCUAAGGGUGGUGAUCCCUCCCCGGACAUGCGCAGCACCCACUCGCAUCACCUGCCGCCUGGUUAAGCCCCAGAAGCUAAGCACACCGCCCCCGCUGGCUGAGGAGGAGGGCUUAGCCAGCAGGAUCAUUGCACUGGGACCUACGGGGGCCCAGUUCCUUAGCCCGGUGAUCGUGGAAAUCCCCCACUUUGCCUCCCAUGGCCGCGGGGACCGUGAGCUGGUGGUUCUGAGGAGCGAGAACGGCUCCGUGUGGAAGGAGCACAAGAGCCGCUAUGGGGAAAGCUACCUGGACCAGAUCCUGAACGGCAUGGACGAAGAGCUGGGGAGCCUGGAGGAGCUGGAGAAGAAGCGCGUGUGUCGCAUCAUUACCACCGACUUCCCCCUGUACUUUGUCAUCAUGUCCCGGCUCUGCCAGGACUACGACACCAUCGGUCCUGAAGGGGGCUCCCUGAGAAGCAAGCUGGUGCCCCUGGUACAGGCGACGUUCCCCGAAAACGCGGUGACCAAGAAAGUGAAGCUGGCUCUGCAGGCCCAGCCUGUCCCAGACGAGCUGGUGACCAAGCUCCUGGGCAACCAGGCCACCUUCAGCCCCAUUGUUACUGUUGAACCAAGGCGUCGGAAGUUCCACCGUCCCAUUGGGCUGCGAAUCCCACUCCCUCCCUCAUGGACAGACAACCCCAGGGACAGCGGGGAGGGAGACACCACCAGCCUACGCUUACUGUGCAGCGUCAUCGGUGGAACUGACCAAGCCCAGUGGGAAGACAUAACAGGAACAACCAAGCUUGUAUAUGCCAAUGAGUGUGCCAACUUUACCACCAACGUCUCAGCCAGAUUCUGGCUGUCGGACUGUCCUCGGACCGCUGAGGCCGUACACUUUGCCACUCUCUUGUACAAAGAGCUCACAGCAGUUCCCUACAUGGCCAAGUUUGUCAUUUUCGCCAAGAUGAACGACCCCCGGGAAGGACGGCUACGCUGCUACUGCAUGACAGAUGACAAGGUGGACAAGACCCUGGAACAGCAUGAAAACUUCGUGGAGGUGGCCCGGAGCAGGGACAUAGAGGUUCUAGAAGGGAUGCCUCUGUUUGCAGAACUCUCUGGGAACUUGGUGCCUGUCAAGAAAGCGGCCCAGCAGCGAAGCUUCCACUUCCAGUCAUUUCGAGAGAAUCGCCUGGCCAUCCCCGUGAAGGUAAGGGACAGCAGCCGUGAGCCAGGAGGGUUCUUGUCGUUUCUGCGGAAGCCGAUGAAGUAUGAAGACGCACAGCACAUCCUCUGCCACUUGAAUGUCACCAUGCCCCCCUGUACCAAGGGCAGUGGAGCAGAAGACAGGAGAAGGACCCUGACGCCCCUGACUCUUCGCUAUAGCAUUCUCAGCGAGUCCCGGCUGGGUUUUACCAGUGACACAGACCGUGUUGAAAUGAAGAUGGCUGUCAUCAGGGAGCACCUCGGCCUCAGCUGGGCAGAGCUGGCCCGGGAGCUGCAGUUCAGCGUGGAGGACAUCAACCGGAUCCGUGUAGAAAACCCUAACUCCUUGUUGGAUCAGAGUACAGCCCUGUUGACCCUCUGGGUGGACCGUGAAGGCGAAAAUGCAAAGAUGGAGAAUCUGUACACGGCCCUGCGGAACAUCGACAGAAGUGAGAUUGUUAACAUGUUGGAGGGCUCCGGCAGGCAGAGCAGAAACCUCAAACCAGACCGGAGGCAUGGGGACCGGGAGUACUCAUUGUCACCCUCCCAGGUGAAUGGUUACUCCUCGCUGCAGGACGAGCUGCUGUCCCCCGCCUCCCUGCACUACGCACUUCCCUCUCCACUGUGUGCAGACCAGUACUGGAACGAAGUGGCCGUCAUAGACGCCAUCCCCCUGGUGGCCACGGAGCAUGACACCAUGCUGGAGAUGUCUGACAUGCAGGUGUGGUCUUCGGGCCUCACACCCUCCCUGGUCACUGCUGAGGACUCCUCUCUGGAGUGCAGCAAGGCCGAGGACUCUGACGCCAUACCAGAGUGGAAGUUGGAGGGGGCACUCUCAGAGGACACGCAGGGCCCGGAGCUGGGCUCUCAGGACCUGGUGGAGGACGACACAGUGGAUUCAGAUGCCACAAAUGGCCUGGCAGAUUUGCUAGGUCAGGAGGAAGGCCAGCAGCGAGUUCACGCCCGAAUCACAGACUCACCCUCAGUGAGGCAGGUGCUGGACAGAAGCCAGGCCAGAACAGUGGACUGGUAUAAACAGGGUUCAGCAGCAGCAUAUCCACAAGAGGCCGCACAAAGUUCCUGGCAAGAGGAGGUCACGCAAGGCCCACACUCAUUCCAGAGAAGGAUCACCACCAUCCAAGGGCCGGAGCCCGGCACGCUUCAGGAAUAUGAGCAGGUGGUGGUGUCCACCAGGGAGCAUGUGCAGAGGGGGCCACCUGAGAGCGACAGCCCCAAGGCCGGCAAGGACCCAAGUCUGUGGGCAUCGGAGAGCGCCUUCUCUCAAGAGGUGCAGGGGGAUGAGCUUCAGAAUAUUCCAGGAGAGCAGGUGACAGAGGAACAGUUCACAGACGAACAGGGCAACAUUGUCACCAAGAAGAUCAUUCGAAAAGUCGUCCGACAGGUGGACUCCUCUGGUGCCAUCGACACCCAGCAGCACGAGGAGGUGGAGCUAAGAGGGAGUGGACUCCAGCCGGACCUGAUAGAGGGCAGGAAGGGGGCUCAAAUAGUGAAGCGGGCCAGCCUGAAAAGGGGCAAACAGUGACCUCUCCUCAAGUAGCCCCUUGGGAGGAUCACACCUCAACACCCAAACCCUGAACUCCACACACUCUUGUCAUGCACACGGGAGGAGACCUGGACCAGAGGGCUACUGAAGGGUCGCACGCGUUCUGAGCUCCCCGGCAUGACCUCUGUAAGGAGUUUCCUUUAGUCUCCUAUUCGCAUGAAUGACUGGCUGUAGACGCAUGACCUACAGUCUUCAGUCCUGCCUCUAGCGACUAUGGAUCUCUGUGGGAAUCAGGACAAAGGCGGCGAGAGAAGGGAGCCGAUAAGGAGCCCCAAAGAGCACACGGGUGCAGACACGAAUAAGGGCUUACCGUGGCUGGGAUGGUUGAUCCGUUUGUUUGCGUUUUGUUUUGAUUUUUGACUUCAACCUCAUUUGUAAGAAAUUCACACGAUCUUUCUGGACCGAGGGCGCGGGAAACGGCGUGAAAUCAGUUUAGCCCCUUGUCCUCGUGUACCAGUCUCCUAUACCCCCCCACACACCACAUGCCACUCGUCCCCGCCCCACCCCCACCCCCGUGGAGGGACUGCUCUUCCCAGAAUGACAUGACACAGGUGCACACACGCAGGUCUUCCCUUCACUCAGUCUACACUGAUUUUACUGUGACCUCUGAAGCCGUAUGGAUAAACUGGAUUUAUUAUUAUUUUUUUAUGUUGUCUCUCAGUUUCAGUAUUAACUCACCUUCCAGUGGGAGAUCAUCACCCUGAGAGUGCACUCGGGGUUCCUUGUGUUAGAAAUUUAAGAACUGAGGCAAGGAGCCCCUAGGCUUUGCUGUAGGGCUCAAAGGGGAGCCAGGGUCCCAUCUCGAAGUUCUCUGCUGGGGAAGGACCUGUGGCUGUCCGAGGAUCGCACCAGCAUGUCCGAUAGAGGAAGGGGUUUUCUAAACCGUCAAGUACUUCUAUAAUAGUCUGUGUUCAAAGUGUAAACUGUUACAGUAAUCAGCCUUGUGUAUAUGAAAACAAUAAAUACUAUGCAAACCAAUAGAAA